GGGCGAGGAGGGGGAGUACAAACUAGAGGAGGGUGAAGGAAGCGAGGCGCGACACUGCUCGGGGAGAGGAGGGCAGUGAGGAGCGAGGCGCGGGCAGAGGCAGCUCGGACUGCCGAGAGGAGGGAGCGCGGCGCAGAGAGGAGGGGCUUGCGGGCCCGUAGAAAUGUCAAUCAGAGCCCGGAGCCCCGGGAAUCUCCGCCAAUCUGUUCGGACCUGACCUGGCUCCUCGCCGCCGCCGCCGCCGCCGCCGCCGCCGCCGCCGCGGAGCAGAUCAAUAGGCGAACGCGGAGCGCUGCGCAGCGCGGGAGGCAGCGCGGCCCCAGCCCGGCCCAGCCCCCGAUGCGCGCAGGAGCCCGCGGGCGGCGCUGAGCUGGGCGGCCCAGGGGGCCGGGCCCCCUCUCCGUCCGUGCCCCGCGGGCCACCAUGUCCUUCCCCCAGCUCGGAUACCAGUACAUCCGCCCGCUCUACCCACCCGAGCGCCCGGGGGCCGCCGGCGGCGGCGGCAGCGCUGGAGCCCGGGGCGGCCCAGGAGCCGGAGCCUCGGAGCUGGCCGCCUCGGGGUCCCUGUCCAACGUGCUCUCCUCCGUGUACGGGGCGCCCUAUGCCGCGGCGGCAGCGGCUGCCGCCGCCGCCCAAGGCUACGGUGCCUUUCUGCCCUACGCCGCCGAGCUGCCCAUCUUCCCGCAGCUGGGCGCGCAGUACGAGCUGAAAGACAGCCCGGGGGUGCAGCAUCCGGCCGCGGCCGCCGCGUUUCCGCACCCGCACCCCGCCUUCUACCCGUAUGGCCAGUACCAGUUCGGGGACCCGUCCCGUCCCAAGAACGCCACCCGGGAGAGCACCAGCACGCUCAAGGCCUGGCUGAACGAGCACCGCAAGAACCCCUACCCCACCAAGGGCGAGAAGAUCAUGCUGGCCAUCAUCACCAAGAUGACCCUCACCCAGGUGUCCACCUGGUUCGCCAACGCGCGCCGGCGCCUCAAGAAAGAGAACAAGAUGACUUGGGCGCCCCGCAGCCGCACCGACGAGGAGGGCAACGCUUACGGGAGCGAGCGCGAGGAGGAAGACGAGGAGGAGGACGAAGAAGACAGCAAGCGCGAGCUGGAGCUGGAGGAGGAGGAGCUCGUGGGGGAGGAGGAGGACACGGGGGGCGAGGGCCUGGCGGACGACGACGAGGACGAGGAGAUCGAUUUGGAGAACUUAGACGGUGCGACCGCGGGGCCUGAGCUGGCCUUGUCUGGGGCGGCACACAGGGACGGCGACCUCGGCCUGAGACCCAUUUCAGACUCCAAGAAUAGCGACUCGGACGACAGCUCGGAGGGCUUGGAGGAGCGUCCGCUGCCCGUGUUGAGUCUGGCCCCGGCGCCACCGCCGGUGGCCGCGGUUCUGCCGUCUCCGCCCUCGCCUCCUGCAGGCCUGGACCCCUGCGCUCCCGCACCACCGCCCGCCUCAGCCCUGCAGAAGCCCAAGAUCUGGUCCCUGGCCGAGACGGCCACAAGCCCGGACAACCCGCGCCGCUCGCCUCCGGGCGCGGGAGGUUCUCCCCCGGGGGCAGCCGUCGCGCCCCCAGCCCUGCAGCUCUCUCCGGCCGCGGCAGCCGCCGCGGCUCACAGACUGGUCUCGGCGCCGCUGGGCAAGUUCCCCGCUUGGACCAACCGGCCGUUCCCAGGCCCUACGCCGGGCCCACGCCCGCACCCGCUCUCCCUGCUGGGCUCGGCCCCUCCACACCUGCUGGGACUUCCCGGAGCCGCGGGCCACCCGGCCGCCGCCGCUGCCGCCUUCGCUCGGCCGGCGGAGCCCGAGGGCGGAACAGAUCGCUGUAGUGCCUUGGAAGUGGAGAAAAAGUUGCUCAAGACGGCUUUCCAGCCCGUGCCCAGGCGGCCCCAGAACCACCUGGAUGCCGCUUUGGUCUUAUCGGCUCUCUCCUCCUCCUAGUACUUAUUUUUAAAAAUUUUCAAUCGUUGUAAUAAUUGUAAAAACAAAAAACAAAAAACAAAACUCUCUGUAUAGUUAUGACUUGUAAGCAUGUCCGUGUAUGAAUACCUAAGAAACAAAACUAAGCAAAAAGAAAAAAAAGAAAAAAAAAAAAAGAAAUAAACCAAGUUCCCUCAGUCCUCCCCAAGUGGCUUCUGUACCCCACAUUAGCUGAGUUUGUGAGGGUUUUUCUGGUUGAUGUUGUUCGGUUGAUUUUGGGAGGUGGAGUUGCCGUGAGAAUAAGAGUGUCUGACUUUUUUUUUUUUUUUGUAUAUACAGAAAAAUGUACAUAUGUGUGAACCAAAUUGUACAAGAAAGUAUCUAUUUUUGGCUAAAUAAAUGAGCUGUUGCCACUUUGA